AUGGCGACGUCUGUGAAAUCUAUAGAAGAUGAACCGAGACCCUCCGCAUCGCAGAGCUCAUCAGAUGCCAACGUAUUGAAAGAUGUUGAAGCUGAAGACUCGCGGAAAUCUUUCGAGUCGAGAACCUUGUCCGAAUUUGAAAAGCUCACGGUCACUAAAGAGAAGAAAGUUACCGACGGCGUUUGGCACUCUUACUACCACUGCUUGGUUGCACUUGUAAUGGCUACUGACAUUCGUUAUUGGGUCCCUAACUGGUACCAAAACGCACCCACUCAAGGAUUACUAGCCAUCCAUUUCAUUUUGAUAAUGGUAUUUGUACACCUGCCCAUCAACUACGUGGAAAUAUUCGUAGCACAAUACACGAAGGAGCCUCCAAUCAACCUUUGGAAGAUCUGCCCAAUUUUUCUCGGCUACUGCUACGCUCUCAUCGUAUAUUCGAUUCUACAGUCGUGGAUGGACACGGUCUUCUGUGGUCGGAACUUGCUCUACCUAUUCGAAGCAGUCUUCGACCGAGCCCCGUGGCUACGAUGUUCUCCAGAAUUGGGGGCGAAGUGCCUAGUCGUGACUAGUGAAACUAAGCUGUCCAAAGACUGUACUGUUGAUAAAAUUACUACUCUCAUCUCGUGCCCGGAUCGAGGCACUUUCGACUUCUCGGCUCAGCAUUGGUUCAAAUCUCGCUACAAGGUGAAUGAGAGCACCGGUCGUCCGCCUCUGGACACCCAGUGGAAGCUCGUUCUAUGCUCCAUUGCUCACUGGCUAAUCGUGACGUUCAGCGUUGCGCGAACCAUCUACAAGUUCGGGACGACGAUAUACUGCAUAGCCAUUUCCGUGCUGGUCUUCGUGCUGCUCGAAUUCACCUACAUUCUUUACAAAGUGGACUUGACAGCUCUGAUAAGAAUAGCAUUCGGACCCACGAAUCUCGCGGACUUUGUGAACAAAGAGGUGAACGUCUUUCCUGGAAUAUCGAAAUUUUGGGCCUUUGCAUACAUCGCGAUGAUAUGGCGUGCUCACGUGACGAUGCCUCCUCUGACGAUGAGCUUCGUCGCUCGAGUAGACUCGAAGUUCAGCAUCGCUUGGUGCGCAAUUAUUAUCAGCUUCGCUAGUUUCUUUCUCGUGUUGUUCAGAAGCACAGCUCGCGGGGCGCUCAGACGUCUGAUUGCUGACGGACUGAACAUCGACCCCGAUCUUCUAAUGCAGAACAGCGCGAGCAGUGGACUGGCCCUGAUACCUCAGCUCCUUGGCACUUUGCCGAUGCCACUUAUGUGGACAUUUUAUUGGUUCGCGUCUCGAUAUGCCGUUCUUUGGCUCCAGUCUACGAUGGUGGUUGAGGCCAUCCUCGAGAACUUCUUCCUGAAGAACGACGUCAGGAAGGAAUUUCGCAUCUACUUUAUCGGUCUGUACUGCGUCACUGCCUGUAUUAUCAACGUCGUCAUCGUCAUUGAGCAAUCCGCCUUACCGUCAUUGAACGUCAUCUACUCCAGUAUUAUCUUCACGGGUUUUACCUUCAUGCCAUUGUUGGAAUCGAUUUUUAUUCUACUCAUUUACGGUCUCGGUGUCUUCAUCGACGACGUUCACUUCAUGUACGGAUCCCCGCCUUCGUUCUUCUGGCGUUUCUGUUGGAAACUUCUUCCGUUCACGUUACUGGUAAGUGCAAGGAACGCAAUGCCCUCGUUCUUUUAUAACGUGCAAUUGACCCUGUUUCCCAGUCACUGUACGUGA